AUGAGCGCUGUUACCACUCUAUUGGCGACCAUUCCUUCAAGUUUUAUGUUAUACCGAAACCCAACGCUUUUGAAUCUAAAAUACGCUCUGAUAAACUCGUCGUUAAUCUUCUUUUUAUUCUCAUUUCAAGUCCACGAAAAGUCCAUUUUAAUGGCUUCGAUGUAUGAAUCGAUUUAUUAA